AGAAACGCCGACAGCAAAACAGGGCGGCACAACGGGCUAUGCGGGAGCGUCGCAAAAGAGCUGCGCAGCAUCAAGAGAUCCACAUGACUGCCAUUGUGGCAGAGAAUGCAAUGUUGCGCGAAAGAGUGAACUAUUUGUCCAACUUGCUUAUCAGCCACGCCAUCAACCCAGGAGCCUACCCAUCGUGGAGUCCGGUGCCAGCGCAAGAGAAUUCGCCGCCAAUGCUACCAAUGGUGAAUACCGGAAAUUUCCCUGCUCGUUCCGCUCAUGUUGCCGAUCACAACUCGGCAUCCUCGAAUGCGGUCGUCCCGAGUCACUCGGUGUUCCCGCCCGCUGGCCCGGCCUGCUCGUCCGACUUCCCUUCGGCACCUGGGUCUGUGCUUAACUAUUACCCCUGUUUUCAAGAAUAAUUCAUCGGCAUAUAACAAUCUGCUCGCGUUACCUAAGGCGGGCAUUGAGUUACUGAGAAUCUCUCAUUAGUUGGCUUAGUUUGGUUUGGCUAUCUUGAUUAUUUUGCUGCUUUCUUCCAUUUCACGCAUUUUCAUCUUCACCGGCACACCUAUAGGCUGUAGCGCCGCAGUUGUGGCUUUUGAAACCUGAUUGAUUUAAUAUCCAAAAGUUGUGUUCUCCGUCACGUGUCGUUCUCCAUUUCUAUUAUUCAGUCAAUUGUUUCUUACCCAACUCGUUGUUCAUCGCUAUGCUUCUUCAACUCUGGCCAUCAGGUUGUUUUUGUUUAGAUUGUUUUAACUUCUCGUUUCAUCAUAGCCUUGUGAUCGUUGUUAGGUCAUGUUAAUUGUCUUGCGAAACUACUUAUAGCGGGGUUCACAAAUAAAAUUUUCAGUUUAUGCCCGCUCGAA